UGAGUGCUAUUUCAUCUUCUUCGUCACUGUUGUCCCAAAACAAAAGCCUGACCAUACUAUUCGGAAAAAAAUAAGAAGAAGAAGAAGAAGAAAAGCCUGACCAUGAGCUGAGGAAACCAGAGGCUGAUUCAUUGGAUUCAGUAAAAAAGGAUCGAUUUUGAAACCAGAGGCUAGAUUUCUUCGGUUCAAUAGAAGCGAUCGAGUUCUUGACAACCCAAUCUGCUUGCUUCGACCAUAGAAAACCUAAUUUGCUGCCGCAUCUCUCAUCUCUUUGAUUUCGGUUCCAGAGCUCCUCUCCGGUUCAGCGUUUUGUUUAGUUGGUGCGCACCGUUUGGUCCUUGUGCUGGGAGUAUGUUAGGCCGCAACUGGGCCUGUUUCCGGUGAGUCCGGCGGGUUACGGUGGUGGGAUCUCCGCCGCUUGUUACCUCACACAUUCGUCUCACCCUCACGGUAGCCCUAGCUACGCACCACGUCCUUCCCAAUUUCCAUUGCAACCAAGCUACCCACCUCCUCCUCCAUUUCCAUUCCAACCGAGUUACUCACCAUCACCACCACCACCCUCCCAAACAAUUAUUAAUGGGUAUGUUUUCCCUCAUCAAUUUCCCUGUGUUUCUCAAACUCACGCACAGUUCAGCUCUCCUCCUCAAUUGCAACCCAUUUAUCCUACUGCUCAACAGCCGCUCACCACCACUUCUCACAGUCCAUUAAUCCCUCCUUCUAACCCAAAUCCAUGGAUAUAUCCCCCGAUUUCACAAAGCCAUUCCUGUGACCCUCAUUCUCAGUUCGUCUCCACCAAACCCAUGACUACAACACCUAUUUACCAUUCUGCUCCUUCACCUCCCGUUUGUGAGAAACCACAUUCACCACCACAAGGUUCUGGCAAAUUGCAAGUUCACAAACAGCAGACAGAAGCUAAGUUGUGUGAGAUGCGUGAAUCAUUGAAGAGUUCGAUGGAUACCUUCAUAUCUGAAUUCAGGGAGGAGCUGCGGUUGUUAAGGGGUUCAUUACACUCUCCGACAAGCCAAGAUGAUAACCCACUGAAGUUUGGCUCUCCACCGCCGUCGUCAACACCCCAAUUGAUUCCGGCUGCAACUGAGGCUUCGUCAUCACUUAUUCCUACUGAUAAUGGUAUUAUUCGUAAAACCCCUGUGGAUAAUGACUUGAAUUUGUCUCACACUGAUGUGAUAUUGGGAUUUUAUGAUAAUACUAGUAUGGAUCAGAUUGUGGUUGGUACGGCUAUUACUUCUACUGCUGCAUUAGUUGGUGGUGAAAAAGAUUGGAACUAUAAUGGGAGUCAAGAGUCUGGAAACUAUAGCAGAAAAGGACCCGCAGGAGAAAAUCUUGAAGCAAAUCCUAUAGCUACUAUUCAAUCUGCUGAUCGAUAUGAAAAUCAAAUUUAUCCAGCAGCUAAGCUAGACAAACAUGAUGAUGCCAGUGAUUAUGAGAAAGGCGUAAUUGAAAAGUGUAAUAAAAUUGGAGAUGCUGGUUACAAUGAAGAGGUGGAAACCUCUAACUUAUGUGGGGAUGACAAAAGCAAAGGAGCUACAGAGAACUUUUCUAGAGAUCAUGUAAGUAAUUUGGAGUCCGUUAGUUGUCUAUCAGAACUCCAAGUUAAGUCUGAAACCUGUAACUUAUGUGGGAAUGAAGAAAAAUAUAUGUUUGUGACUGUUGGCAAUCUAUGCCGUGCUUUAGUUUUUAAGUGUUGUCCAAUUAGUAUAGUUAAGGUGCCAGAGAAGUGGUUUUUGGAUGCGAUGAAUAUGACUUUGGACAUCAUGAUUGGAAAAAUUAAAUGUAGUGUGGAGAAAGAGCUGCUUGAGAAUUUUCAUGAAAACCAUCUGAAGCUAGAUGAGAAGUGUUUGGGAUAUGUUAUGUCUACCUUGGAUGCACUCUAUACAAUGCAGAAGUUGGGAUUCAAAUUCGAUUGUCAGAAUUUAUACCAGAAUUUAUACCAGCUUUUAUCAUCUUUGAGUAAAUUAGAAGGUGAUUUGGAGGAUUUGGAUAUGAUCAGGAAUAUAAAUUGGGAAGAGAAUGCCAAGAAACUAAAUUUUGUUCUUAGGGAAGGCCUCAAGCUCGACAAUAAGAUGGCAGUAUGCUUCACCGAAAGCCAAUCUCGAUCACAUCUAUUAAAGUGGUUCAUUCUUUGCUUUGAGCUUUGUCAUUGUGAGACUAAACUUUUUUGCAAGGAAGCAUUCGAUGGACUUGAUGAACUGACUCAAAACUCAUUGUCACGGCUUAUUUCUACAUUGAGGAUUAGUCCAGAACUUCACUCAGUAGUUUUCAUUCCCGAUACUAAGGUAAAUUUGGCAAUUACUGGUGCAAUCUGUUUUCUGAAAGUUGUUGUAAAUGAUAGUCAAGUAGUAGAAGUCAUUCAACGCCCAACAGAUUUACAAUGCUCCCAACUGGUGCUGUCUCCUAAAGGCUUGGGGACUGCGCUUGUGACAGAUUAUGAUAUUGGAAUUGCUCCUCCACUUGCAUCUUCUGAUGUGGUACAAGUUGCAGAGAUUGCAUGGAUAAAGAUUAUGUCACUAGAAGUUAUAAGCCUUAUGGAAGGGCAUGCACAGACUAUUGAUAUGAUGGCUGGUAUUAGUGGGGACAGAACUUUUGACUCUUAUCAGUUUGCCUACAAUAGUGCUCAAGUGCAGGUUAAGGAUCAAAUUAUUGAGAUGUCAAACACAGGUGGUGGAAAUAUAAAUGUCCCAAAAGUUAAGAUUUUUGCUUCACAUCUUGGGAUCACAACUUUCUUUGUCAAUGCUUUGCAGCAAUCUGGGCAUGAAAUUUUGAGCCAACCAAUUAUGAUGGAAGUCUACGCAGGACCAGAGAUUCACCUCCAUGAUAUAUUCCUUGUACCUGGUGCAUCUUAUGUGCUUACUUUACAGGGUACCCCGGGAGCCCCAACAUUUGGUGUAAAUGUUGAAUUUACGAGUUUGGAGUUGCUGCAAAAUGAGUAUCAUAUUGAUCCGAUAGACGUCGAAGCUGUUAUUGCAAUUACAAUUGUUCAAUUGUAUUCAAAGGAAGCUGCUCUGAUAUAUAAGAAGUUGAAUAUGAUGACAAGGAGUGCGUAUGAGUUUGUGGAAAUGUGGAGAAAAGGAGUUGAAUCAGACCAAAUACCUUGUCUUCAGGCUUUGGAGGUUAUCUUGGUGGAAUGCUCAGCAGCACUUGACCCUUGGAUGUUUGUUGUUGUCUCAAAGGUUUUAAUGUUUACAGCUUAUGGUAUCAAAGAUGUUCGUGCAAGUCAUCUUUCCUGCAUGAGAAAUAUUAAUGCUCCAGAUCAGUUUGUUAAACCAAUUAGAUCAACAGCAAAUGGGAAAGCUAUGAUGGAGUUGAAUAUGGGGUUGUAUACAGAUAUUGGACUCCAUGAUUUUUCAUUAGAUUCUCAGAGUCCAACACUUGGGUUUGAGCUGCUGUUUGCAAAGAUGAAGUUCAGAAAAGUAUUGUGCAUGAAAUUGUACAUGGUUGCUUCGGGAGCUACCACUCAAGGCCACAUGCUACAUGACAAGGUCAUUGAAUUUUCCUCUCAGCUCAAUCAAGCUAAUUCAUGUACAGCUUUGGGUAAGUAUGGUCAUGCGGAGAUGAAAAGACUUGAGCAAGAGAUCAAUAUUGAAAAAUGUGUUGCACUUGCAAUUAUUCCAAUGGGCAAUACAGACUUGGUAUCAGAAGAAAUUGAACAGCCUUUGUUUCUCAAUGUCAUUUUUCAGGUCCUUGAUUUCUCUGCUUACUCAGAUAAUAAUCUUGCUAUCUUAUUUGAUGAUGUCCCUAUUGUUGGAAUGUUGAAAACAGGUGCUAUUGAUUGGCUACUUAUUGUUCCCUGUUUAUUAACGAAUGGUGACUCCACUCCGACAGUAAUUACUUGGCUAUCAAAGCUAAAGGCUCACUCACAAAGCUCAAGUAUGUAUUCAUCCCCACUUGGAAACUUCUCAACUGCCACCAUGGAGUUGCUCAGCCAUAUUGUACUUGAAGAAUGUGAAUGGGUAGUUUUUAAGUCUGUCAAAAAUUGCUAUGAUGAUAAGCCUGGAGAAUGGGGUCAGUUUACAAGAGUUGUGAAUGUAGAUACAGGACAACUAUCUCAUCACGUGGAGGCCAAAGCUUAUGUGCUUAAGGCCACACAGCUGACCAACCUUGAAGAGAAUGAUGAUUUAUUCCUCUACUUUCAGCACUGGGGUAUCACGUUGUUGAUCUUCUACUUCGAGUUUGUCUAUGAUCUCUUCAUUUAUGCGUGCUUCUUUUAUAACAAUUUGGGGGCUGCUUUUGACAAUACGAUGGCUCUCCAGCGGGUCAACAUAGUUGAUUAUGCUCUUGGAACUUCACUCAAUGCUUCUGACAGGUAUUGGGAUAAAAUGUUCUUGAUGUUGGCAAUAUCUGCAGUUCUGGAGCCUCAGAUGCCAAAGAUAACCUUUGGUGACUUGGAUAAUGAAGCAUGGACAAAUUUCGGAAGACUUUUCAGGCUUGAGGUCAACCCUGUUCUUUGAGCGGGUUGAAACGCAGCGUUUUGUUUAGUUGGUGCGCACCGUUUGGUCCUUGUGCUGGGAGUAUGUUAGGUAGGAGUCAUCACUGGUUGAUCGACACGUGUCCUAGACAGUUCUAUAUCUACUAGCUUUCCUGUAGAACGAAUCUAUCAAUGAAAAAUCAGUCUUUAUCUUCUUAGUUUCUUUAGCUUUCUCUUAAUUUAUUUCCUUUGCGAUGUCGUUUCCUGGCUACGAUCCCGGGGAUCGUAACAUUCUGCCUCAAGAAUUGGUACCUGAAUUUGCAACACCCUAUGAGAUUUUAGUGUCCUUGACUUUGACAAACAGAAAGCUUCUCAUCACCAAAUUGGGUUUCACAGGAGAAUGACCGAAAAGAACUAAGAGGGAUAAAAAUCAGCUCUUGCAGGGUUGAGUGCUCCACGCCUGCUCCACAUCGCAGACUUUUGAACCAAAAAAAAGAGAGUUUCGCAAAUAAAAAGGUUGACAUCCAAAACAAGACGAGCAGGUAUACUACACCCCUUUCAAGUUUGAGUGCUUGAAGCUAGAUUUUGAACUCGGAGGAGAGAGUGCGACUAAGAUAAAGCAGGAGGGAGGAGGAGGGGGGGGGGGGGCAAAUGAGAUAAAAUACAGCCCCGGCAAGGUCAACUCAUUUGCAUGGGAUUUUGAACCCAAAGACAGUGAUAAAACAAGUAACAGGUGAGACGGCUUAAGAGAAGGGUUAAACGCUCCAAGUAAAAGGGAACUAAAAGAGACUCCGACAUUAUCUCUCUUGUCAAACAUCUCAGCACCUGAUUCAGAAACUUCUUUUGUUGAAGACCUAAUUUGCCGCUGCGUCAUCUCUGUGACUCAGUCAGAGCCUCCGCUCCUCUCCAAUUAAGGUCACUAAGCGGAUCUUUCUUGUCAAACAUCUCUGUGCCUGAAUCGGAAACUCCUUUACCUAAUUUGCCGCUGCAUCAUCUCUUUGCCUCCGUCAGAGCCACUCCUCUUCAAUUAAGGUCGCUAAGUCAAUCUCUCCUGGUGUUUCUGUUCAUGUUAUUAUUUAUUGAUUUCAACCUCCAAGAGUCUGUAGAUAAUCUAUCUAAGUUACUGUUUCUUUUUCUUUAAGUUGUAGCACCGAUCAGUUCCUUUUUUGGGUCAUGAAUAUAUUAAUUACAUGAAUUUGGAUCAUUGAUUGAUUCCUUCUUUGGUUCAGGAUAUAUCAAUUUUCUUUUUCCUUCCAGCCGAUGAAUCACAUGAAUUUGGGUCAUUGAAUGAUUCCUUUUUUGGUUCCGGAUAUAUCAAUUUUCUUUUUCCUUUUUAGCCGAUGAAUUACAUGAAUCCAGGUCAUUGAUUAUUUCCUUUUUGCCUCAGGAAUAUGACCGUUCGUUUUCCCUUUCUCUUGUAGAUAUUUUCAUGUUUUUCUUAUCUCAAAGUGGUGAAUCUCUCUCUCUCUCUCUCUCUCUCUCUCUCUCUCUCUCUGUUUCUGUUCAUGCAAUUACUUGUUGAAUCGAACCUAGAUCAAAAUAUAGUGUUUGUAUCUAUUUCAUUUACUAAACUUGUAAGAUUAAUUGAUUGGAUUUAUGGUUUAGGGUUUAAGCAAUAAUUAAAAGGGAUAAAAAAUUCAGCUCUUGCAGGGUUGAGUGCUCCACACCUGCUCCACAUCGCAGACUUUUGAACCAAAAAGAGAGUUUCGCAAAUAAAAAGGUUGACAUCCAAAUCGAGACGAGCAGGUUAAACUACACCCCUUUCAAGGGAUUUUGAACCCAAAGAGUGUGAUAAAACAAGGGUUAAAACGCUCUGAGUAAAAGGGGAGUAAAAGAGACUCCGACAUUAUCUCUCUUGUCAAACAUCUCUGCACCUGAUUCAGAAACUCCUUUUGUUGAAGACCUAAUUUGCCGCUGCAUCAUCUCUGUGCCUCAGUCAGAGCCUCCGCUCCUGUUUAAUUAAGGUCACUAAGUCUAUCUUUCUUGUCAAACAUCCCUGCCCGUGAUUCAGAAACUUCAAAGGAGACCGAAUUUGCCGCUGCAUCAUCUCUGUGCUACAGUCAGAGCCUCUCCUCUCCGUGCUUCAGUCAGAGCCUCUCCUCUCCAAUUAAGGAUACUGAAGGUUCUCCCCUGCAAUGUCGAUUGAUGGUGUAUCACGUAGAGCAUGUGAAGGUAUAGUCUGGUAUAGGUUGAAUAUAAAUGAAGGAACAGCAAGAAUCUCAUAUGAGGAGCCGCAAGGAGGGGAUUGGGAGAAUUUAGAGAGAGCAAGAAACUCCAAGUUCAUUCUCUAUGAAGGAAGUGAUAGCAGAGCCGAAAUUUUUUUCUCCUGUACUCGUAAAGUGACCAAUGUGUACAUCCAGAAACCUAUCUUGUUCACAUUCAAUAAGAAGAUGAAGACUUGGAUCCUUUUUUACCCUAUAUUCGAAGAUUUUCAUGAUUGGUGGCGUUGCAAGUUUCGUGAAGUGAAGAAUUCUGUUUCGGAAAAGGAGAAGUUAUACGUUUGGUUGAGGAAAAAUGCUAGGAAAAUUUUGAAGGCCUUUAUUGAUGCUCACACUGAGGGCAUUGCCCACGGUGAUUUGAGCAAUUUGUCCAACUAUGUGAUUGUACGGGACACCACUGAUGAAAAGCUGAAGCUUCAGAACUUCAGCAUUCAGCGAGAGCGCUUGGGAGAGGAAGAUUGGAAGGCAUUUGAGAUAACUGAUGUCACAAAUUUUUUCACACAGCUGAAGUCAAUAAUGCCUUAUUACCGCAAGCAUGACUGUGAAUGCAUUUUUGAUAUUUUGAAUGAUUCGAACAGGUUGAGUAACAUGAGUUUCACGGAGCUAUGCAAGAGGCUCCUUGGACAUCCUUAUCUAAAGAGUGGCCGUAAGCGGUUAAAGAUAUUCGUUGACGCCGCUAGAGUGUUUGACUUGAACUCGUAUCAUCCUGAACUCCAAGACAUUAGUCAAGACGCAGAGAAGAAAAAUGUUAUUAGAAUGCCAUGGAAUUCAGGAUUGAUGAGAGAUGAAGAGGUGAGUGAUUCUGACGUUGAGAAGGGAAUGAAAAAGACUUAUCGGAUUAAUUACGAAGGAGUUCAAAUUACAGGGGUUGAGUAUUGGGAGUUAAUCCAAUUUUUGAGACACGUAUACUUUCACGCCAUUAAGAACGGGAUAUUUGAUGCGUAUGAUGGCUAUGUGACUAGGAGAUACCCUGGGUUGGUAAGUCUUAUUUAUCUGCAUUGUCCACCAGCUGUUGCAUAGAAGGAGUCUCCCAUUCACUUUGUCCUCCUGGGUGGUUUCUGAAGUCAACUGUGAAGAUCCUUUGGUUUAUGUGGACUUUAUGUUUUACUUUUCAUGGUACUUUUAUUGCUUCCUGGCUGAGGCAAGUGUUUUACUUUAAUGUGUGGUAUUGCCUCCCUGUUGGGGUAUUUGGACAAGUUUAAUUUCCUAUGGUAAUCUUUAUUUUGGAUCUUCUGUUAAACAA